AUGGCACUAAGAGCAACCGUACUCCGCCAUGUUCGCGUCCGCCAUGUUCGCGUGCCGCUCCAAGCCGCUCCUAAAUUCCAACAAUGGAAUGCUUCCAUUCGCUCCAUGUCUUCACCCGAAGAAGAAGAUCGUAUAAAUAAAGAAGAGGUUAUCGAUAAAGUAGAUCCUUCCAAGGUGGCUUCAGAUGUGGAUUCUCAGAAGGAUUUGGCUAUGGACAAAAUAUACCUUUUGAGAGUUUUACGUGCAGUACAAGAAGCGUUCAAGCCAAUGUUUUAA